AUGUCAAUCCCAACCGAGCAGUGGGCGCAGGUCGUCGAGAAGACCGGAGGACCAGUCGUAUACAAGAAGAUUCCCGUCCAGAAGCCGGGUCCAGAUGAGGUGCUCGUAAACAUCAAGUUCAGCGGUGUCUGCCACACCGACUUGCACGCCGUCAACGGUGACUGGCCACUCCCAACCAAGCUUCCACUCGUCGGAGGCCACGAGGGUGCUGGUAUUGUGGUCGCCAAGGGUGAUUUGGUACAGGACAUUGAGAUUGGUGACCACGCUGGUGUCAAGUGGAUCAACGGUUCUUGCUUGUCUUGCGACUUUUGCCAGCAGUCCGAUGAACCUCUUUGCUCCAAGGCACUCCUGUCCGGAUACACCGUCGACGGCUCCUUCCAGCAGUACUGUAUCGCCAAGGGUGCGCACGUUGCUCGCAUUCCCAAAGAGWGCCCCUUGGAUGCCAUUUCGCCCAUCCUUUGUGCCGGAAUCACCGUUUACAAGGGCCUCAAGGAAUCCGGCGCCAAGCCAGGACAGACCGUCGCCAUUGUAGGUGCCGGAGGUGGACUUGGUUCUCUCGCACAACAAUACGCACGCGCCAUGGGUCUUCGCACUAUCGCCAUUGACAGCGGCGAGGACAAGAAGAAGAUGUGCCUGGAGCAGCUCGGUUCAUACGCCUUUGUCGACUUUGCCACCAGCCAGAACCUGGUCAAGGAUGUGCAGGCAGCGACUGACGAUGGUCUCGGACCACACGCCGUCAUCCUGGUCGCCGUCAACGAGAAGCCAUUCCAGCAGGCCGCCGAGUACGUGCGCCCACGCGGAACCGUCGUCUGCAUCGGUCUGCCAGCUGGUGCCUACCUGAGAGCGCCAGUGUUUGAGUCGGUCAUCAAGAUGGUCACCAUCAAGGGCUCGUAUGUUGGCAACCGCAAGGACAGCUCCGAGGCCAUUGAAUUCUACCGCCGUGGAUUGAUCAAGGCACCGUUCAAGACUGUUGGUCUUUCUGAGCUCCAGAGCGUGUACGACUUGAUGCACAAGGGUGCCAUUGCCGGUCGCUAUGUUGUCGACACGGAGCGAUGA